UCCCACGCUUGAAAAUGAUACAUUUAACACGGUUCAUACCGGGUCAUACCGGGUCACGGGCAUACACUGCAUAUAAGCCCCCACGCGUGUGAAAGGGGGUCGCUAGCCAACAAUAAAGAGUGUUUUUCAACAUGUCCUUAUCUAAAGAACAUCCGACGGGGGCUUCACCCGAUCCACUGCGAGUGCCCAAAUGUACCCGGUGCCGCCACCACGGCACCAUCGUCCCGCAGAAGGGCCACAUCAGGUCCUGUCCUUUCCGCGCGUGUGGAUGCUGGAAGUGCUGUCUCAUCACGGAGCGGACCCGUGUCACGGCGCUGCAGCGACGGAUGAAGAAAGCCCCCAAUGACCCCCAGAAUAACGAGAGACAGCUCGACGUCCGCACCGUGAAACCAGCGGCUCGGGGGUCGCGUGCCGCUCCGGCCCCGCGGGAGGACGCGCCUCUGCCGGCCGCCUUUAGAAUGCAGCGUGCCGCCGCCCCCCAGCGGAGCCGUCGCGACAGCCCGAGUAGGUCUCCCCCGGGAGGAGAGAGGUCCGGCGGCUCGGACAGCGGCGGGCAGGUGGUGCCCUUCGCUACCAGGGAGGUUGGGCCCCGAAUCGACUUUGGUGAAUUUGGUCAGGCUGCCGCUCUGCCUGUUCUCCACGUCCCCUGGAUGUUAGGUUACCGCGGCGACUACGCGCCGCCGCGUCCAAACAUCCUGCUCAACGCGCCGUGGCUUCGCCCCCUGCCCGCCGGGCUUUGCAGCUACGGCCACCGCGGGCCCCCCAUGUUCCCCCUGCUCCAGCCGCCCGCUCCGCAUUACCCGAUGCCACCUGUGACCUGGCCGAUCCUCUUUGAAUACCAGCCCCCCCGGGAGCAGCCGACGCCCUGGCAGCCCCCGCCGUCUCCUGCCUCCAAACACACUGAGCCAGACGUGGAAGUGGAUUAGAGCAGAGUCAGCAGGUUCACAGGGGAACUACACUAGAAACAUCAGGCUCGUUCCUCCAGGUUAUUUAAAAAUCAUUUGUUAUCAAAUCAGUUUGUUUUCCCCUUCUGUUUUGUACCAGGACACAAAGUACUGAUUCCAGUUCUGUUCACAUUGCUGAGAUGAAUGCUUCUGCACA